UGCCUCAUGGUAGGGUUUCCAGGCGAUCCAUAACGGCCUCCGUUUGUUCUAUAUAGGGUAGCCAAGUGAAUCCGAUCAAUUGACCUCGAGACUUCGUUUUCUGAGGAACGCUAGAGGUUCCCUGUCGGCCGAGAUGCCCACGUACAAGAUCAGGGGGGUCGAUGUGGACUUUCCCUUCGACGCUUACGAUUGCCAGAUUGUUUACAUGGAGAAGGUCAUCCGAUCUUUGCAGGAGGGAUGCAAUGCUUUGUUGGAAAGCCCUACAGGAACUGGAAAAACAUUAUGCCUUUUGUGUGCCACACUGGCUUGGAGGAAGACUUUUGGUGAUUUUCUGACUAGUGCAAAUGAAGAAAGGAGCAACUUCUCUUUGAGUCACUCCUCUGGUAGUCAAUCAGCGGAGAAUGGGCAAACUAAUUACCCUGCCAUCAUAUAUACUUCAAGGACUCACAGCCAGCUUAAGCAAGUAAUACGAGAACUUAAAACAAGCAAUUACAGGCCAAAGAUGGCAGUUUUAGGGUCUCGUGAACAGAUGUGCAUCCAUGAUGAGGUGCGUUUGCUACGAGGUAGAGCGCAAAACAAUGCUUGCCAUUAUCUUUGCAAAAAGCGGUUAUGCCCUCAUCAACCUGGAGUUUCUGAGUACAUGAAGAAACAUCAUGAACUUGGAAAUGAGCCUUUUGACAUCGAAGACUUGGUUAAUACUGGGAGAACCAUGGGGCUAUGCCCAUAUUACAUAUCUAGAGAGCUUCACAAGGUUGUUGAUAUUCUGUUUGCCCCUUACAACUAUCUUAUUGAUCCUGGAAACCGGCGAUCUUUAUCAGGCAUUCAGUGGAACAAUGCAGUUCUUAUAUUUGAUGAAGCACAUAACCUGGAGAGUAUAUGUGCUGAUGCAGCUUCAUUCGACUUGCCUUCUGGUUACCUCACUGCUUGCAUUUCUGAAGCAAAACAAUGUGUUGACUUGUGUAUUAAAAGGAGGGUAAUUGAAAAAUCAGCUGAUAAAGAGUUUGACCCAGAAAAUUAUGCUAUUCUCAGAGCUCUUCUACUGAAGCUUGAAACACGUAUUGCUGAGGUGGCUAUUGAGUCCAGAGAAUUGGGUUUCACUCGACCUGGAGACUACAUUUAUGAGUUUCUUUCUGAUCUGAACAUCACAUAUGAGACAGCAAAUAUGCUUAUUGAUACGAUUGACAAUGCUGCUCUGCUUCUUGAGGAGGGGAAUACGUCUGGGGCCGGAACAGGAAUCAAAAUGAAGGGGGCAGUCUGCAGGUUAGAGAGCAUCAGGAAUAUGCUUAAUAUUAUCUUCCGAGAUGGUGGGAAGGAUCAUGCAAAAUUUUAUCGUUUUCAUGUGCAGGAAUCUCAACUAAGCAUUACAGAUUCUCUAAAAGGAAAGGUGUCAAGAACACUUAGUUGGUGGUGUUUUAACCCAGGGCUUGCCAUGCAACAGUUUGAAAGGUUGGGUGUAUGCUCUAUCAUACUGACAUCUGGCACUUUGUCUCCUCUAGACUCGUUUGCCUUGGAGCUGAACUUAGAAUUUCCAGUCAGGUUGGAGAAUCCCCAUGUUAUAACUCCUAAUCAAGUGUGGGUUGGAGUUGUGCCAAGUGGUCCAUCUAGUCAACCAUUUAAUUCUUCAUACAAAAAUCGUGAUUCUCUAGAAUAUAAGCAAGAACUUGGUAAUUCUAUAGUUAAUUUUGCUCGCAUAGUGCCGGAUGGCUUACUUGUAUUCUUCCCUUCAUAUUAUAUGAUGGAUCAGUGCAUUGAAUGCUGGAAAGACAUGGGUCACGCAAGCUCAAGCGAUUUUAGCACAAUCUGGGAAAGAAUUUCCAAAUACAAACAACCUAUUAUAGAGCCCAAACAAUCAUCACUUUUUCCACGUGCAAUUGAGGACUUUGAGUCAAAAAUACGUGAUAAUACCACUUCAGGGGCCAUAUUUUUUGCAGUUUGUCGUGGCAAAGUUAGUGAAGGUCUUGAUUUUGCUGACCGGGCUGGGAGAGCUGUGGUAGUUACUGGCCUGCCUUUUUCUACAAAGACUGAUCCCAAGGUUCGUCUCAAGCGUGAUUACUUGGAUCACUAUGCUACAUCGCAAAAGAAACAAUCUAAGGUUCUCACUGGCGAGGAGUGGUAUGUCCAGCAAGCUGCAAGGGCUGUGAAUCAGGCUGUUGGCCGUGUCAUUAGACAUUGUCAUGAUUAUGGAGCAAUUGUUUUCUGCGAUGAAAGGUUUGCUCAACAAAAUUGGCAGUGUCAAAUGUCAUACUGGCUCCGUCCUCAUAUCAAGUGCUAUCCCAAGUUUGGGGAUGUAGUUUUCACAUUGACUAGAUUCUUUCGAGACAAAGACUUUUGCGACUUGAAACCAAAACUAGCUAAAAGCUGCACUAAGGAGCAAAUGUUCGUGGCAGAGAAAUCUUUGAUGCCUCUGGAGAAGACCUUGUCAUUGAAGUCUAUCACCUCCUUGGCGCCUAAUACUGAACAUUGCUCCAGAAAGUCACUGUCAUCUGUGCUCUCAACUAACACAAGUAGUGGUUUUGAUCAUUUGGGGCAAAUAGUUCCCGCCAACCGUUCAUCGGUUUCUAAUGAACUUGGGUUCUGCUCGACCUUGCAACGUUCAGUAAAUCACUUCUGCCAUAAGAAGAGAUUACCAUUCAAGGAAGGAAUAUCUAAAAAUAUUCAGUAUCAGGAUACUGUAGUGAUUGAUUUGGCAAAUGAUACAUCAUCGAGUGAACAAGCAUGUGAGGUUGCAUUUGCAGCUACUUCUGCAAAAAGGCCUAAAACAUUGGAACCGGUUGAUAAUGUUGAAUGUCAAAAAGAUACAGAUUCAAAGUGGCCUGCAGAUUUUGGGAGUUCUACCAGUGUUAGGCUGACGCAACAUGUUCACGCUGUGAAAGAAACUUUUCAGCAACCAACAUCACAUAAGGAGAAGCAUAAUACCUCUAUACCUUGUACUGAUAAAACUAGUGGUUCUGCUUUUCUAAUGCAGGUUCAAGAAAAGCUUACUGUUGCAGAAUAUAAGGAGUUUGUGGGCUUCAUGAAGGCAUUAAAAUCCAAAACAAUGAAAAUUACACCUUUGCUGGAGUCCAUUGCAAAGUUAUUUUCAAGUCCUGGGAGAUUUUCUCUUCUCGAGAGGUUCAAGGAUUUUGUUCCUGCAAAAUAUCAUCCCAUUUAUGAGCAGCUUCUUAGAGUUCAUGGCACGAACAAUGAUGUAUGAAUUGAAUCCAGUGCUUUAAUACAACAAGCUUCUGGAACUAUCCACAUAUCUGCAUUAUUGUACAUGUGCAUUGUGCAACUUCAAAUUGUGUAUUCUAUCCUAUUUAAGCACCCUUGCUGAAUCAUUAUGGCUAGAUGCAGAAUAUUUAUUGUCUCAAAGCUUUUUUUGAUGAAUCAAGUGUCUCUUUAUUAUGCAAUCGGUGCUCAUUCAAGAGUGAAACAUGAGCCAAAUAUUAGCAUCUAGUGAGAGGUUCACACUUCAUCGGGGAUCUUUUGCAGCUAAUAUUAUGUGCCACGAGGAAGUCCGUGGGUCUUGAGUUAUCGACAAACCUGAUCCUUCUAUUCAUCGAAUGUGUCAGUGUUUAUUUUCUUUAAACAUUGUCCCCGGGAGGAGUCACUCUUUGUUGUACAGCGGAUGAGCAGCAUAAUUAAAUCUAGCUGAUGAUGGGCUUUACUAUACUGUAAGCCAGACAAUUGGUCUAUCUGCCUGUUCUGUUCAAACGUGAGAAGGCAGUUUGGGUUAGACGAGACAACGGUUGACUAGGCCUAAAGUAGAGGAUAUCGAUAAGCUGUGCUAAAUUAUCUGUGAGAGUUGCAAUGCCACUUCAUAUGAGUGUAAAUCUAGAGACACCCGUGGAUCUUGGUGAUAAUUCCAAGCCUAUCGGUUCUGCAGAUUGUUCUUAGAGAUCCGGAAGUGGUGUAUGGGUUUCUUCAUUGGAAAACUUUGUUACUCGCAUCAUUACCCCUUUUUUUCAAAACA